UGAUAAUUACACAAAUCAUGCAUAUAUAUACCUUACAACGUGUGUGGUGAAAUUAGUUAGGUGACACUCCAGCAAGACGAUCCAAGCCUAUUAAAUAUGAGUACUGAGGAAACAAAGAAACAUCUUUAUCCAGAAGUAAACUAUGGUUCAACCCAACCGCCACCAUACAACCAACCAGUGAUCAAUCAACCACAGCUUCAGAAUAAUCCUUUAAUGGUCACAUCAUUUGAAGGACACAGGGAGUGGACUACAGGACUUUGUGACUGUUUAGCUGAUCCAGCAACAUGUUUGCUGACAUGCAUGUGUCAUCCUUGUUCUGUGUGUUACCUUGGGUCACGGAUGGGAGAACAUUUCUGCAUGCCAAUGUGCGUUCCUGCCAGUAAUAUCACACUUCGAAACAAAAUAAGAACCGUUGGUGGAAUUAGGGGAACCAUGUGCACAGAUUGCGUAACAGCUUCAUUUUGUGGUCCUUGUUCCACAUGCCAGGACCACAGAGAACUUACAAAUAUGGGUAUCAAAUAAGACAGGAAAAUAGAAAACAUCAACAGUGAUUACGUGCUAUAUUUGUCAUAUAUUUCAACAUUUUAUUCUAUGUAUCGCAUCGAGACAACGAUUUAUCAUUACCAUUUUACAUGUAUGAUAUAUGAAGUCAUUUACACAUCAAAAGUAAUCAACCAAGUGAAAAUUGAUAUGUCCUACUACAGUAUGUAGCAUAUUGUAGCAAACAUUAAAUUUUCUUUGAUAUGGUGUGUUGCUAUAUCUUGGACAUGAUGGAAGGCAAAGUGUUUAAACGAGCCAACAGAGCAGAUCGGUGGAUAUAAUCACUAAAUACAACAUAACAUUGUUUUAUAGUUUUUAUUAUUUUACCUUUCAAAUUGCGUCAAUUAAAAAUACUAUAUCGUA